AUGGAGCCACGUUUGAAGCUGCAGCUGGAGAUCACAAAAGGUCAAAGACAAUCAACAUGCGACGUGAAAACAUUUUCCAUCGACUCUGAAGAAUGGCUUGUUGAUGCCGUCGAUUACUACUUGACGCAUUUCUCUCUUUCUGAACGUCGAAACGACCAGAAUGUCCUACUGGGCAAGAAAGACGUUGAGAACCUUGCGCAUAACAGGCCGAACCUUAUGCUGAAAGAGUAUGUUACAAGGGAGGGAAAGGAAGCUUGGGGAAUCAGCUUCUCGCAGCUCUGUAACUUCACUACAGAAAUCUUCUCAGGAGGCCACAGUCACCUGGGAAUUCCUCGCAAGUUGACGAUGAUUGGUCGACAGAGCAAGAUGAGGACUAUCCUGUCCAUAGAUACCAGCGACUCGACUCCUGCAAGCGAACUUGAGCCGACCAGAGGAGUCGAGGAAGACCGGAGGAGGAAGAAGCCGAGAACCAAAAGUCCAGACCCUCUCCCAUGCAAGCAAGAGGAACACGAUGAAAACAUUGUCACUGGCAACAGCAGAUCGUCACAGGAGAACGAGGCGACCGAUCAAGCUGCAUCAAGCCCACAUUCUCGAAGGACUUCCAGUCGCAUCUCAAGCUUGAGAGCCAAAGCUGAAGCACAAGAAGACUCGAGCAGCGUCGUGAGAAAGACGCGAUCGUCAGGCAGAAUCAGGAACUCUUCUCAACAUCUAACGGAGUCGUCAGACUUUCAGCUUGAUGGAGAGCACAAUGAAGAAGAUGACGAAAUGGCAGUCGACGGAGACAUUUCCAAUUGCAACGUCGAAGCCAGCAUUGAGGAUAAUGCCAUGGAUGAUCCGGACUUCAACGCAAGUUCUCCUGAUCCUGGGGCAAGGACUCAAAAGCGAAGAAGAACAAGAGUGCAAGAGCCCAACGAUGCCGAUGCAGACAGCAAUGACAUCUCGCACGACGAGCUCGGGGAUAUCAGCGAGGCGCAGCUGACGUUCAUGUUGCAUUUCGAGCACUACAUCAACGAGCUCCAGGAGUUUGAAGCCUCCUCCGACUCUGAUUCUCCGAUCCCGGACUCAUCCUCCGGGCCGCAAGCGAAGUCAAAGUCGUUCAAUCCUGAGUACUGGGAGUUGCUCGAAUCGCACUGGAACCGUGAUGAUCGGGAUACGAUAGCGAAAAAGUUUGACUCCCUAAAAGUCGGGGACAUUGUUUCCCUCGACUGGAAGAUCAAGAAUGGGCAGAAGACCUGGCUCGGCGUAGUGUCUAUCAAGAGCGAGAAGGACUUCAUGGUGAGGUUUACAGACUCAAAGGACAUUCGCUUCGCUCGAUCAAGCAAAGCUGAAAUCGACGUUAUCCGUUUCAACGAGGAUGUCUACAAGCAGCGAUGCGAGCAGAUCAUGCACAGCUCAGGAAGCAUUCUAGAAAACGCGGACUCAUGUCCCAUUGCGCAUCAGGUAGCGCAGAUGGUCACCUCCCGGCUCAAAACAAAAGAGAUCCCGGAGGAGCUCAAAGACGAGCUUCACAUUUCUGAUUGUGACAAGAGGCGGCUGCACCAAGAUGAGUAUGUCAUCGUCUAUCAGCCGCAUGGUUACAACAAGAACUUCCUCGUGGGCGACUGGCUUCUCGGACGAGUGGAGGAGGUGAGGAGGAGUGCAGGGUAUACAACGAGCUUCAGCGUCUUCUUCUACAAUCACAGCUACUCCGGCCUCUCCAAGUAUGACGCGUCAAGCAGCAGGUCGCUCGUCUUCUCCAUCAGAUUACCGGAUGGUGAGGAGGACGACUAGGAGCGCCACUCGGCACUCUGGCUCGCCGAUUCCAGAAGGU